CUGAAUCACAUCCGCUUCUGAGCCACGGAUCUAUUAGCCAUGGUGCCUGUGGUGUGAGCCAAAACAAAAACUCGGCGGUGAUUCCCGUAGCUUCAAACGCUUCAACCUCCCUUCGAAUAUAACAAACAGAUAACAGAUAUGUUUUAGUAUGUUUUAUUUGUUUUAAUAAACGGACCAAAUAUCGUGCAAGCAAGCGAGAACAGCUCCUUUCUCCUCACUAUCAGCGGUGAUAGUGGGUAUCAUUCCCAUGUUUAUUUGUUGUUCCAUUUUCGUCCAAGUUUGAAAAUAAGAGUCAUGGGAAAGAGGUAUUACUGUGACUACUGUGAGCGCUCCUUCCAGGACAAUAUGCACAACAGAAAGAAACAUCUGAAUGGUGUUCAGCAUCACAGAGCAAAAAAGACCUGGUUUGACUUUUUUAAAGACCCUGAAGCUAUUCUCCUAGAGGAGCAAACAAAAAAACCUUGCAGAAUGUUUCUUCAGAAAGGAAUUUGUGAUUUUGGACCAAACUGUAGAUUUUCUCAUAUGUCAGAGGAGGACUUUUUUCAUCUUAGACGGCAAAUAGAAGGUGAAAAUUCUCAAGAGCAUUUCGAGGACAAAGUUUUAGCUGACAGACGCGUAGAAGACUGGCUUGCUAGAAGGGAAAAGAAGAAAAACGCCCUUUGUAGCAAAGAGACCUACAGAGACCUGAAAACUGACACGGAAGAAUGUCUUGAAGAAAGCGAUGUGCCUGCACACCUCCUCAUCAUUCCUGAGCUGCCGCCAUCACUCCAGCCUCCUCCUCCUGGUGGAUGGAAAGCCAGCGUAAACACAGAAUGGGGUUGAAACAAGCUCCAUGAAGCAAGCUCCAUAAAACAAGAUGAUGAAGUGAAUUUGUGUAAUAUAUGGGGUAAUUGUGUAAUGUUUAUAUGGGGGAGAUACUUAACAUUUCAAACAGCACAUUCAUAUUACCAUAUCGUUCUACUAUAAGAUACCACUAGUAUAGUCAUGGAAUCAUUCUUAAACACUAAAAAUAAAAACCCAAAGCUUUAAGAGUAUAAUCGGUACAUUCUUGACUGUCUUUCAUAUUGUAUCAGUCUAAGAAGUCCAUUUUGAUCUUGCUCUGGCCAGUCAUGUUUUGACAGCUCACUUGCUCUAAUCUUUCUCAGCAGAUGCUCUUGAUGUUGUCAUGUUUAUUGUCUGGUCUUCUUUUUUUUUUUUUUUUUUUAAUUGUAUUCAUUAUUUAUAUAUUACACCUCAUCAGUUCCACUUUGCACAUGCUGUUAUGGGGAAUGAUGAUCACUGCACUGUUUUUAAACUAGAAUGUAGUGUGGCCUUCGGCAGUACUGGUGUUUCCUUGUCAAUGGUCCGUGGUCCCUGCUGUGUAACUAAUAGGUGCUUUACAUGCAGUAAACAGGGAAGGGACCAACUCCUCAGCAACUCUUCUGUUGCCAUACUGAGGUGAUGUGCUUGAACAAGUACAGAUAUUUCCACACUUCUUUUUCUUUUAUAUUGACAGUUCCUAUUCAGUAAGCUUUAUUAAUACAUUUUGUCAGUGGCCAGCUGAUACUAAGUCAGACGAAACACA